AUGGAUGCCACCAAGGGGCCUGAAGAUGUUGCGACUGUAGAUGUGCAUGCUGCCAAAGAUCUUCUGGGUUCAGGUCACAGUUAUUUAGAUGUGAGGACAGUGGAGGAGUUCAACAAGAGCCACAUCGAAAAGGCACUGAAUGUCCCUUACAUGUUCAUCACCCAACAAGGUAGAGUUAAAAACCCCCACUUUCUCGCACAAGUAGAGGCCAUUUGCCAGAAGGAUGAUCAUUUAGUCGUGGGUUGCAAUAGCGGAGGCAGAUCACUGCGUGCUAGUGUUGAUCUUCUCAAGGCAGGCUACGAGCAUGUGACGAAUAUGGGAGGGGGUUAUUCAGCAUGGGUGGACAGUGGCCUUGCUGGCGGUGACAAACCAGCAGACGAGCUCAAAACGGCUUGCAAGUUCCGCCCUUGAAAGGCUUACCCGACCAAGUUUAAUGGAGCUGGAAAAGGUGUGGGAAAUCAAGAGGGGGAAAGAAUGAAGUUGGGACGAUUUAGAAUGAUUGUAUAAUUUGUAUUGUAUAAUAAGAUCCGGUUCCCGUCUUGGAGAAUAAAGAUUCCAAAAUUUCCUUUCCUUGUGCUUCUCUUUCGUUGGCAUGUAAAACAUUUCUAUAUACAGUUGCUUUCAAACCAAUUCAAAACAGCAGUGUGAUGUACAUGACAGAGUAAAUGGAAACAAGUUCAGUUCUUGAUUCCUCUACAACAAGCAUGCCCAUGUCAACAAGAGUUGCCAAAUACAAUAUUUUCCAA